UGAUUGAACCCAUUGACUAUUUUCUGCUAUUCGUUUUCUAGAUUAUUCUUAUCCCGCAAUAAUGGCCAAAGGAACCUCCGCAUCCUCUCCCACGACCGCGACGCCUCCCUCCGGAGCGCUGAAACGAGCGACCUCGAGCGCGCAGAACAUGAGAAACCAGAAAUCCAUUCUGGGGUUCUUCCAAAAGUCCUCGCCUUCCACACCAUCUACGGCUCGUAAUGCCGAACCAGCGUCUUCUCCAGCACAAAGAGUUUCAGAGUCGCGUGGGGCAAGCGCUGCUGCCAAGGGGUCAUCGAAGAAGAAGAGUGUCCCGAAAUUCACGCAGGAUUUGACUCCAGUGCCGAGUAGUGAUCUGGUUAUUCCUGAGGAAGAUGAUAAGGAGGAGGAUGGGCUUGAAAAAGAAAUAAGUCCUAAUGGACAGGAAGAGAAGACAUUGGCCUCUCCCUCUCGCCGAGCCAAGAAGCAAGUGAGCUACGCCGAGUCCAACUCGGAGGGCGAAGACGACGACGAACAGAUUUUUCGACCAAGCAGGUGGAAUGGUAGGGCCAACAAAAGGCGAAAGCCGUCCCCUGAGAGUGAUGACGAGUUUGAUGCCGCCGGGGGAGAUGAUGGAGGAUACUCAGAUUAUGAAAUGGACGAUUUCGUUGUCGCCGAUGACUCUGACGAAGAUGCCAAACCCUCGAAGAAGCGCAAGAGACCAGCAAGCAAGCCAGCGCACAAAUCCUCAUCGCUGCCCCCUCCCCCAUCGACAGAAGAAGAUCUAGAUACUGACAUUCCGGAUUCAACUUCUGGCACAACGCUGAAGUGGACGUACGACCCUGAGAACUCAGAACCUCGCCAACCCAGAGCGGCCCCAGUUGCCUCUUCCAAGCCCUCGUCUAAUCCAAUCAAGGAGAAGGCGCAUCUCAAGGAACCCGAACAACGGUACCCUUGGCUUGCCUCCAUCCGGGAUAUCGAUGGCAAUGCUCCUGGUCACCCCGAAUACGAUCCGCGUACCAUAUAUAUACCUCCGUUGGCAUGGUCCAGGUUUUCUCCCUUUGAAAAGCAGUAUUGGGAGAUCAAACAGAAGUUCUGGGAUACUGUUGUUUUCUUCAAGAAAGGCAAAUUUUACGAACUUUAUGAGAACGAUGCUACUAUUGGCCACCAGCUGUUUGACCUCAAACUCACUGACCGAGUCAACAUGCGUAUGGUUGGCGUUCCCGAAAUGAGCUUGGAUCAUUGGGCCAAUCAAUUCGUGGCCAAGGGCUACAAAAUUGCUCGCGUGGACCAAUCCGAGUCUGCCCUGGGCAAAGAAAUGCGCGAGAGGGACGGCAAGAAACCUGGCAAAGAGGACAAGAUCAUCAAGCGAGAGCUGUCCUGCGUUCUUACCGCUGGUACCCUGGUUGAGGGAUCAAUGCUUCAGGAUGACAUGUCUACUUACUGUGUUGCUGUCAAGGAAGCCAUCAUUGAGGACCUUCCUGCUUUUGGACUGGCAUUUGUUGAUACGGCAACUGGUCAGUUUUUUCUGUCUGAGUUCGUUGACGAUGCGGACAUGACCAAGUUUGAGACUUUCGUCGCUCAGACACGACCGCAAGAAUUGCUCCUCGAGAAGUCGACCAUUUCUCAGAAGGCACUGCGUAUACUCAAAAACAACACGGGACCCACUACUCUUUGGAACCACUUGAAACCAGUAAAGGAGUUCUGGGAGGCCGACAUCACGGUUAAGGAACUUGAUGCUAGCGAGUAUUUUGUUUCCGAGAACGAUGAAAACGUAUGCGCAUGGCCCGAAGCCCUUCGUGAAGCCCGCGAAAAGGAAUUGGUGAUGUCUGCAUUUGGUGCCUUGGUGCAAUAUCUCAGAGUUUUGAAGAUCGAGCGUGAUUUGAUCACCAUUGGCAAUUUCUCAUGGUACGAUCCAAUCAAGAAGGCCUCCAGUUUGGUCCUGGAUGGUCAGACGCUCAUCAACAUGGAAAUCUUCGCAAACUCUUUUGAUGGUGGUAUUCAAGGUACUCUUUUCCAGCUUCUAAACCGUUGUAUCACUCCGUUCGGCAAGCGGAUGUUUAAGCAAUGGGUCUGCCAUCCUUUAAUUGAUUCAAAGAAGAUCAAUGCCAGACUUGAUGCCGUUGAUGCGCUCAACGCUGAUCCAACCGUCCGAGACCAAUUCUCUUCGCAACUGACUAAAAUGCCAGACCUUGAGCGUCUCAUUUCUCGCAUCCAUGCUGCCAACUGCAAAGCCCAAGACUUUGUGCGUGUGCUUGAGGGCUUUGAACAGAUUGAAUAUACCAUGAGUUUGCUUCAGGAUGGCGGCUCAGGCGAUGGACUCAUCGGACAGCUUAUUAGUGCAAUGCCCGACUUAGGAGGCUUGCUUGAAUAUUGGAAGACUGCCUUUGACCGCACCAAAGCUAAGGAAAAUGGCAUCUUAGUGCCUAAACCCGGAGUCGAAGAAGAUUUUGACAAUUCCCAAGAACAUAUCGAGCAGUUGCAUCGGGACCUCGAUGAUCUUUUGAAGCGAAGCCGUCGCGAACUUGGAUCUUCUGCUAUUUGUUACAGGGACAACGGAAAAGAAAUCUACCAGUUGGAGGUGCCGAUCAAGGUGAAGAACAUCCCGAAGGACUGGAAUCAAAUGUCUGCGACGAAGCAAGUCAAGCGGUAUUAUUUCCCCGAGUUAAGGUCUCUCAUUCGCCAGUUGCAGGAGUCACAGGAGACACACAGUCAAAUUGUCAAGGAAGUCGCUGGUCGAUUCUAUGCACGAUUUGAUGAACAUUAUGCGACCUGGCUCACGGCUGUCCGAAUUAUUUCCCAGCUUGACUGCUUGAUCAGCAUAGCGAAAGCUUCGUCGUCCUUAGGUCAACCGAGCUGUCGACCUGUUUUUGUUGAUGAUGAACGGAGUGUUCUUGAAUUCGAAGAACUCCGCCAUCCAUGCUUGCUCUCUGCUGUUGAAGAUUUCAUCCCGAACGAUGUUUGCUUGGGAGGCAACAGAGCAAACAUUGACUUGCUGACUGGAGCCAAUGCCGCUGGAAAAUCUACGGUCCUUCGAAUGACCUGUGUGGCUGUCAUUAUGGCACAGAUCGGCUGCUAUCUUCCAUGCCAGUCUGCUCGAUUGACUCCAGUUGACCGUAUCAUGUCUCGUUUGGGUGCCAAUGAUAACAUCUUCGCGGCACAGUCAACUUUCUUUGUUGAGCUGUCUGAGACUAAGAAGAUUCUCUCUGAAGCCACUUCUCGAUCAUUGGUUAUUCUUGAUGAGCUUGGUCGUGGAACCAGCUCUUAUGACGGUUUGGCUGUUGCCCAGGCUGUACUGCACCACGUUGCGACCCACAUUGGAGCGUUGGGAUUCUUUGCAACCCACUAUCACUCCCUUGCGACUGAAUUCGAAGGUCACCCUGAAAUCGUACCAAAGCGCAUGAAGAUCCACGUUGACGACGAGGAAAGACGCAUUACCUUCCUUUACAAACUGGAGGAUGGCGUCGCUGAAGGCAGUUUUGGAAUGCACUGCGCUUCCAUGUGUGGCAUACCCCAAAAAGUAAUCGACACAGCCGAAUCUGCUGCCAAACAGUGGGAACACACGAGUCGACUUAAGGAGAGUCUUGAACGCAAAAAGGGUGGCGGGUUUAUUGGCCUUGGCUGGUGGAGUGAUGUUGCCUGGGCUCUUCGCGAGUCGACCGGCAGCACCGACGCCAAUGCUGGCGAAAUAUCUGAUAGAGGCUUGGAGGUGCUCCGCAAAGCCAUUGAAGCUUUGUAAGACGUGAUAGAUGUUGUGGUUCUCGCGCGGUACGAUUGUAAUCUGCAGUUGCCUUUUCAUUUGUGCUGUCUUUCGUACCAUUUUUAUCAAAUACUUGAUGGAGUAAAAGGACUGGAGUUGUCAGGAAGACUUAAGGAUGUUUUUUGUGAAAGAGAAUUUGAAAUGUUUGUGCUAGGAUUUAAUAUGCUCAUCUUUAAGCAAUCUCGGUUAUAUAGCCAUGAAUAAUAGAAAAAUGAAGUUGAACCGUGGC